AUGGAAGACAACAACGCUAUCAUUAUUGUCGGAGCCGGUUGCAUUGGGCUUUGCACUGCGUACGAGUUGUCCAAGUCCUUCGAUGAUCAGGAGCGUAUGCCCCGUAUUAUCGUCGCUGAGGCAUGCGACAGACCAUUCGCUGCUGCUUCGUCAGCUUGCACAGGUUGCUUUCACUACCACUUCCCUGGCCCUCUGAGCAAGGCACUUACACCUCUUGGGAAAUAUUCUUUCGAUCUAUGGGCGCAAGAGGCACAGAAUGCUGACUUCAGACUUGCUACGGGAUACCUUGAAAACUCCUCCUACAGCAUCCUUCAAGGCGAUGGCAAGGGCCUUGAUAGGCUCCCCGAUUGGAUCAAGACAGAGGCAUUUUGGGAUGUUGACAACCACGUUCUGGGGAAUAAAACAGCGACAGUGAACCCGCUUGGUGUAGGCAAAUGGCUGACACAGCAGUGCCUCGCGAGAGGCGUGAAAAUCGUGUUAAACACGGAGAUUCUCGCGGUCGAACUAUCCACCUUGAACGAGUUGCGAGCCGUAAAUUUGAGAAAUGGACAUCAGAAGACAAAUAUUGCAUGCAAGCAAAUGCUCUUAGCUUGUGGACCAUGGACUCCCACUAGUACUGCAUUCGUCUCAUUCGAAUCAUAUAUCGGCGAAAAGUUUGAAUUCGCUGGCCGAAAUGAUGGAAGCAUUUGGGUUUGUGGACGAAGGAAUUUCAACGCCAAGCUGCCAUCGCCAGGUCAAUCAGAUGAACCAGACAAUGCACUUAUUGAGGAAAUGAGUCGACUUGCACGCAAGUGGCUCAACCGAGAUUGCUCUCAUCAUGAGGAGCAUUGCGAUGAUGUCCAGAUAGUCAAGAAAGGCAGGGCAUUCAGGCCGGCGACUAAAUCCGAGCUUCCAGUCAUGUCCAAAGUCAAGCCUUCAGACAUUACUCCGAAUUAUACCUCACAUUCUACCGGAAUCUUUGUUUGUUGUGGCCAUGGCUCAUGGGGUCUGACGCUCGGAAUGGGCAGUGGAAGAGUCAUGAGUCAAACAAUACGUGGAGAGCAGUCUGACAUUGAUUUAUCGCCCUUCUCCUUGGCGUUGAAUACUACAUCCUGUGCCUAA